AUGAUUAAUCCAAAAAUCCUUUACAGCUACAUAAGACAGAGCACACGGAACAAAGAUCCUGUCCCACUGCUGCGAACGGCUGAGGGUGUGGAAAUCUCUGAUGACAAGGAUAAGGCUGAACAUCUCUCUCAGUUCUUCCGAUCAGUCGUGACAAGUGAACCUGCUUUUUCCUCACCCACUUAUGAAGACGAUGGAACGCCUACCCUCGAAGCCGUCUUCUUCACCGAAACAAUUGUUGGGAAAGAGUUACUACACCUAAAAGAAUCGACCUCCCCGGGCCCUGAUGCAAUUCCGGCCAAGCUGCUGAAGGAACUAGCUUCCGAAAUGUCCAAGCCGUUAGCCUCGAUCUUUCAAACGUCAUUUGUUACCGGAUGCCUGCCCUCUGACUGGAAGUCCGCUACCAUCAUUCCGCUUUUCAAGGGUGGAAGUCGUGCGUCUGCGAAUAACUACAGGCCAGUGAGUCUUACCUCCAUCUGUUGCAAAAUCAUGGAGAAGAUCAUUAAGAAGGCCUUGGUGCAGUUCCUCGAGCAGCACCAUCUCCUUUCUGAUGCCCAACACGGCUUUCGUAGUGGUAGGUCCUGCCUCACGAAUCUGCUCUUUACGCUCGAACGCUGGACCAAAGCACGUGAUGAAGGCAAGGUGGUGCAUGCCAUCUAA